UUGAUAUAAUGACAAAAUGGAAACAAAGGUGUGACAUUUCAUGCGUCUAUAUUAUAACUUCCUUUAGGGUACGGUUGUUCUUCAUUAUUUUCCGGUAGAGCUUUGGAGAUCAGUUCGCCAUGGGAAGUUUCUCAUUACUCUCAGCUGCUGCAAGAAGGCUAGAAGGAAAAGUGGCACUAAUCACCGGUGGGGCAAGUGGCAUCGGCGAGGCCACAACAAAACUCUUCUCUAAGCAUGGGGCUAAAGUUGUAAUUGCAGACAUCCAAGAUGAAUUGGGUCACUCUGUAUGCAAAGAUCUACCUCCUCAAUCCACUUCAUUCGUCCAUUGUGAUGUCACCAAGGAAACAGACGUGGAAAAUGCUGUAAACCUUGCCGUUUCCAAGUUUGGAAAACUAGACAUAAUGUUCAACAACGCUGGCAUCGCUGGAGUAGCCAAAACCGACAUCCUCGAAAUAACCAAGCCUGAAUUUGAGCAGGUCAUUGGUGUAAACCUUGUAGGUGUCUUCCUUGGCACCAAACAUGCUGCCCGUGCGAUGAUCCCCGCUCGCCAGGGCAGUAUCAUUUCAACCGCUAGCGUGUGCUCCGUUAUAGGAGGUUCUGCAUCGCAUGGCUACACGAGCUCGAAGCAUGGUGUGGUGGGAUUGAUGAAAAACACCGCUGUGGAGCUCGGGCGGUUUGGCAUUCGUGUUAAUUGCGUGUCACCGUAUGCGGUGGCCACCCCGCUAGCAAAAGAUUUCUUCAAACUUGACGAUGAUGAAGUUCAUAGUAUUUAUUCCAACCUUAAAGGUCGGGUUCUCAAGGCAGAGGAUGUGGCUGAAGCUGCCCUUUAUCUUGGAAGUGAUGAGUCGAAGUACGUGAGUGGACAUAAUCUUUUGGUAGAUGGAGGCUUUUCCAUUGUAAAUCCAGGCUUUUUUAUGUAUGCUUAAUCCUAAUAAAUUAAAUAAGAUUUUAGUAACUGAAUUUUCAGUUAAAUCUUUUAAUAUUUUAAAGGUUACACUGCAUCACUCUUGAUAGAAGACU